UAAAAAAAUUGCAAUACAAUUUAGUACUGUAGUAGAAGUCUUUUUCUUUGUAAGUCAAUAAUCAACAUUCAAAUAUAGUUUUACGACUGUGCACUCGUUUGGAAAAUUUUGAUACAACAAAUGAUUGUGAAUUCAAAAAUAUUCUGAGUGUUUGUUGAAAGUGCGAAGCUGAUAGUACUGUUAUUAAAGAUUGUGGUCUUGAUAUUUUUCAAGAUUUUACUACCUUCGAGUGAAGUGAAAAAGCAACCAAGUGCAAAAGAGAGUCGGCCAUUUUGUCAGACCGGCAGUAUAACUGAACAAAAUCAUACAAUUUGUAUAAAUCUACAGCAAAUUUUUGCGUCCACGUUUGCGAGAUCAAGUUUGCCCCCCAUCAUUAAAUUUGUCUACUUCGAAUAACCUCAUUGACGAUAUGUUUACUAAGCGCUGCUUUUAAAAUAAUCGAAAUACACGUUUACCAUAAUGACGUAUGACACCGGUGGUCGGGCGGUGGAGCCUCCGGUAGAACCAAACGAUUCCCACACGACUAGUAAUGCAGAGCAGCACGAGCCAAGCACCGAGGAACUGAUUUCCAGUUUUCCGGAAGAAAAGCUAUCAUCGCUAAACAUCAAAAUUUCCAGCUCACGCUGGGUAGUUCCGGUGCUACCGAACCAGGAGUUAGAAUGUCUAUUAAAUGCUGCUAUCAAACUUUCGGAAGCUGGAGUCGAUAGCCAAUGUGAGCCAUGUGUAAAAUUCUACCGUGAAGACUUGACAACAUCGUUUAUGAAAAUUUUAACCGAUGAAGCAGUUUCAUCGUGGAAAUACAAUAUUCAUCACUGCAUUCUUAUGUCUUGUAGUAAAUUACUGCAUUUGAUUGCAUUACACAUGAAAGACGACAAUCUGCAUUUGCUCAACUUGCUAGCGGUUGUCUUCGACCCAGAGAAUAAAUUCCAUACUCAAAACGCUUCCCGCCAGUUGGAGCUACAUUUGGCUUUAAGUGAUCCACUUCCGGAUGGACUAACUUUUGCCCAAUCACCCCCUGAACCUAAAAACCCGCGUGGUUGGUUGGUAGAUUUAAUCAAUCGUUUUGGAGAGCAUAAGGGAUUCGAUAACUUUCUGGAUCGCAUGAACAUUGGCAUCGAACUGUUUCAGAAGCAACGCGUUGCAGGAAGCUCACUGAGAACAUCUCAGAUUGACCCAUCGAUUGAAAACGUUCCAUCAGAAACAAAUGUAGUAACUAGUCCAAGUAGCGCUGCAUCGAGUAACCAAGGAAAACUGACUUUAUCCAUGUUGUACACAUUGCUACGUCCAUUUGGACAAUGUGCUGAACUACUAACAGUGUCCACAGUUGAGACAUAUUUUCUGCCUAUAUGGGAUGUGGUUUUAGAAAUUUUAAAUACAUUAUCUGACGACGAACUAAAACGUGAGGCAAAGUUUGAUGGGAAAAAUGAUAUCAUUACGGGCAUCGUAAAAUAUGCUCGUUCUUUAAUUGCUCGCGUCCCAAAUCAGGAAAACUUACAGCGUACUUUCGAGAUGUGUCGUCUCAAAAUAAUCCUGCGCGUUUUACAGAUUUCAAGUUUUAAUGGUAAAAUGAAUGCAUUAAAUGAAAUUAACAAGGUGCUCGGUUAUGUAUCAUACUACCCGCAUCGCCAAAUUGCGGAAGAAGAAAUAGAUGCAUUGAACGCAGAGAAAAUGGCUAAAUGGAUACGCGACAACGAUGUUUUAGGAAUAGUAUUGAGAGAUUCACUGCACCAACCACAGUACGUCGAAAAACUGGAGAAAAUACUUCGUUUCCUUAUCAAAGAAAAAUCACUAACUUUCGAUGAUCUGGACGCAGUUUGGCGUGCGCAAGCUGGUAAACAUGAAGCAAUUGUGAAGAAUGUUCACGACUUAUUAGCCAAGCUUGCAUGGGAUUUCAAUGCCGAGCAACUAGACCAUUUGUUCAAAUGCUUCCAGGCAAGCAUGAAGACAGCAAACAAAAAGCAGAGAGAACGCUUACUUGAAUUAAACCGACGUCUGGCCGAGGAUGACAAGAACGGUGUUAUGGCACAGAAAGUUCUUAAGCUGUUCUGGACAUUGGCACACAGCGCAGACAUUCCACCCGAAGUUUUAGAUCAAGCUCUAGCCUCUCAUGUGAAAAUUUUGGAUUAUAGCUGUUCACAAGAAAGAGAUGCACAGAAAACAAUGUGGCUUGACAAGUGUGUUGAGGAGCUUAAGGCUGGUGAUGAGUGGGCUUUGUCUGCUUUACGAUUGAUCCGUGAAAUUUGUAUGCUUUAUGAAACAACAUCAACUCAUACACCUAGAGUCCAUCAAAUGCUAAAUAGGCAACAGGUUAUCGAUCGACUUCAAAACGAGCACACACUUGUGAUUUUAGUAACGAUCAGUUUAACGAAAUAUAUGGAAAAAGUACGAUGUCAUGUUAAACAAAACAGUAACCUUAAUCCAAUGCAUUUAAUGUUGGACAAACGCUACCCACAUCCACAACAGAUACAAGAGAGAUUAGAGUUCUUAAAAUUUCUUCUGAAAGACGGGCAGUUGUGGCUUUGUGCCGAACAGGCCAAACAAAUAUGGCAAUGUUUGGCGGUGAAUGCAGCGUUUCCAAGUGAUCGAGAGGAAUGCUUUCGAUGGUUCGGGAAAUUGAUGGGUGAUGAACCAGAUUUGGAUCCUGGUAUUAAUAAAGAUUUUUUUGAAAACAACCUUUUGAAGUUAGAUCCAGUACUGCUAACAGAAAGUGGUAUAAAAUGUUUUGAGAGGUUUUUCAAAGCUGUCAACUCCAAAGAGGAACGCUUGAAAGGUAAACAGCGUGGAUAUGUACUUGAUAAUGAAGAUCUGAUUGGAAAAGAUUACCUAUGGCGGAUCAUUACCGAUGCAGAGGAAGAUAUAGCGUGUAAAGCAAUCGAUCUGUUAAAAGAGGUAUCAACAGCUCUUGGUCCUAGGUUGCAAGCAAAUCUACAUCAGUUUCAUGAAAGUUUCAUCAACGAAUGUUGUGAUAAGCUGCAAGAUUAUUACGAAACUAUAAAAACGUUAACUAACCUAAUUGAAGAAAACUCCAAGCUUGUUGAGAAUGAUAUUAUUAGCAGAAGGCUGCAGACGGCAGAAAAGAUGUGCCGCAUAGUGAAAACACUUUUAGAAUAUAUCAAAGAAUGUGAUAGAAAUUAUACUGGCGACAGAAUGCUUUUACCUCUUAGCCGAGCUUCGCGUGGAAAACACAUAAACUUGUACAUACGUUUUCAAACCCCUAGUCGACAGUUGGAAGAUCUGGAAAUGAUAACUCAUAAUAACGAGACAGUUUUUUCCUUUAAACGUAACUUGCUGAAACGAAUUAAGGCAACCACAAACAAUUUAAAAAUUGACCUGUACAACUGCAAUGGAGAGCCAAUAGAAAUAAUUGAUGAUCGCCACCCUCUGUCUAAUUACAACAUUCGCGAUAAAACAUUAAUCACGGUGAAACUCACUCCAAGUGGCUCAGGAUUGGCCAGUUCUCCUGAUAGUUCAAGCGAUAGUAGCUCUGGAUCACCACCUAGACCUUGCCCUGAUAUGCUUCGGUCGGAAUCUGAGGAUAUGUUACCAGGGGUUAUUAUUUCACGAAAACCGACUUACACGAGUUUCUUCCUCAAGAUUUAUCAGCUGGGCAGCGACCUGCAGCACGGUUUACUUCGUGACAGUUGUAUUCUCCUGCUACAUCUUUUGCCUUUAGACAGUCUUACUAUCGCAAACAUUCAGGCCAUGUGUAAUCUCAACAACUCGGAUAUAACAAAUAACACGAUGGUCGAAGACAUUAGUGGCUCGCGCACUCCUGAAGCUCUCUUUAUCGACCCCAGCCCGGCACGCGUUCUAUACAACCUGGAAGUUCUUCAUGCCAUGCUUAUACCAGCACUGGAUCCUAUAAGCGAUGUAACUCUUCAUCUUCAAUCAAGUUGGUUGCGUUGCGGAGCAGCACAUUUUGUUUUAGAUUUAUUGACGAAAAAUAAUUUCCUGCCUACUGCAGAUAUGCACACUAAACGUGCGGCCUUCCAUUGUGUGCUUAAACUAGUCAAAUUUUUCCUCUAUAUUAUUGGUUGCAUUCUCAGCAAGGUUGGUAAUGACCCAGCACAUUUUCAUCCUGAAGCAGACCGUUCGCAAGUUGAAAUUGUAAAGCAGGUUAUCCAAGCCAUUCCUGGUAAUUCGGAGUUGACCAUCAGAUCGAUGGCAGUAAAAUUAGCGCAGAAUAUCGCAGAUGAGAUGCUGUCGACAAGUCCCGAGGGCGAUCGGUACCGCACACUUUUCAAUUCCUCUCUUCUCUGGAAUUUACCUGAUAUGCCCACUAUUAGAGCUAUUGUGAAUCUCGCGUGGGCUGCGUCGGGCAAUAACCUUCAAUCAAUAGGGUCUUCCGUGGACUUCAGCCAAAACAUUACUGCCCCAGAGCUUGCCGAUUACACGGUGUGCAAAGAAGCCUUAGAGGUAUUUUGCAUCGCUUUAGUUUUACAUUACAAUGCUUAUGAUAUACUUAGUCGCGAUUCGGCGUGGUCGAGUUUUAUACAAUCACUAGUACUCACAAACCCAUCACGCCACAUCAGGCAGACUGCCUACGAACAGCUGUUCCUUAUUAGUACUUACUGUGCAUCUGAUAGGCGACCUUUUCUCUUCAUGGUAAAAUUGCUGGUAAAAAUGUUACACACAGUGAUUUCACAGCACCAAGAAACUUGUGCGGACUAUUUCCAAUUAUUUUGUCGAAUUCUCAGCUAUGGAAGCUCAUACAAUUGGCCCUUACCUAUAUGCGAGGAACUGUUGGUGCAAGAAAUCGAUUGGCUGCGCGCUGUACGGGAAAGUGUAAAAUCUACUGGUGGCACCCAAGUACAUGAUGAUUUGCUAGAAGGACAUCUGUGCCUGACGAAAGAACUGAUGUGCUAUUUAAGCCCAGAGACUAAAUCUUCACGCAGUGAAUUAAUCAUGGAAAUUACAGAUGACUACCUCUUUAGUGCUUCGCGUCAGUACUUAUACCUACGCCGUAAUGGACAAAUAUUGGACAUCAAUGCUCCUCCGCCUGUGUGUCGCAAUCCGCAUACGAUUUCUGCAGCGUGUGAUUUGCUCGUAGCACUUUGUCAAAAUUCUGCUGAAAAUAUGAAAAUACUGGUUAAAACUAUAUUGGACAUGUUUUGCACAGAUAUUGAACCGCUUCGCGAAUGGGAAUAUUUGCCUCCGGUGGGACCAAGGCCACCCCAAGGAUUCUGUGGGUUGAAAAACGCAGGUGCUACCUGUUAUAUGAAUUCUGUUCUACAGCAGUUAUUUAUGGUGCCAUCACUGCGAAUCGGAAUAUUGUCAGCGCAAGGUGCUGCCACCGAUCGGAAUGAAGACUUUAGUGGAGAAUUAGAUUCUCAAACUGUUCAAGAAUGUGAUGACAUCGUUCGAAAGAAUUAUCAUGUAGGGAUCUUAAAAUAUGUGCAAGCUAUUUUCGCUCAUCUAGGCCAUAGUUCGUUACAGUUCUACACUCCCAGGGGAUUGUGGAGCCAUUUUAAACUUCAAGGCGAACCAGUAAAUCUUCGUGAACAACAGGAUGCAGUUGAAUUUUUUAUGUCCCUCUUCGAAAGUCUGGAUGAGGGCCUUAAAGCAUUGGGCUAUCCCCAACUGAUGGGUGCUACGCUUGGUGGAUGUUUCAGUGAUCAGAAGAUUUGCCAAGAUUGUCCACAUCGCUAUAGUAAAGACGAGCCGUUUAGUGCAUUCAGUGUAGAUAUAAGAAAUCAUAGUUCGCUAACCGAUUCCCUAGAGCAAUAUGUUAAGGGAGAAAUUUUAGAAGGCGCGGAUGCUUACCAUUGUGAUAAAUGUGAUAAAAAGGUGGUUACCGUAAAACGGUUGUGUGUGCGUAAGCUGCCACCUAUUCUAGCUAUUCAACUUAAGCGGUUUGAGUAUGACUACGAGAGAGUGUGUGCGAUAAAGUUUAACGAUUAUUUCGAAUUUCCUCGCUCGUUGGAUAUGGAGCCGUAUACAGUUUCUGGAUUGGCCAAACUUGAAGGCGAAGUGAUAGACAUUGACGACAGCAAGCCUGAUGAUUCAACUGAAACAUGUUAUCAAUUAACAGGGAUUGUUGUGCACAGCGGGCAGGCUUCUGGUGGACACUAUUUCAGCUAUAUAUUUCACAGGGGACCAGAUGGUUCUGAAAAAUGGUAUAAAUUCGACGAUGGUGAAGUAUCAGAAUGCAAAAUGCACGAAGACGAGGAAAUGAAAGCCCAAUGCUUUGGCGGUGAUUAUAUGGGUGAAGUGUAUGAUAAUAAUUUGAAAAGGAUGCAAUACAGGCGUCAAAAAAGAUGGUGGAAUGCGUAUAUGUUGUUUUACACGCGUUGUGAUCAUGCACCGAUUACGUACACAAACUGUGUAGAACAAUUGUCCCUAGCUGAAAGCAAACAUUGUAUCUUACCAAUGCCGGCACCGAUAGAACAAAGUGUAAGGACACAAAAUAUACGCUUUCUUCAUGCGAAAAGUCUAUUUUCGGUAGAGUUUUUUACAUUCAUCAAAAAACUAGUUAGUUUACCACAGCUGCAGAGAAGUGAAAAAAUUGAAAAACUGCCACCAUCCGCUGAGGAACUCUCCCUACAAAGUAUACAGCUAGCAUCACAAUUUUUGUUUCAUUCAGGAUUUCGCGCGAAAAAAACUAUUCGCGGGAUGGCUAUUGACUGGUAUGAAACAUUGUGUCAGCAUUUCCGAACAUCAGCGGUUGUUAGGCAAUGGUUCGCGGGAAAUGUACUACUCGACCCGCCCACAAGGCUAAGUGAAUACAUCCUUGCAGCACCAUCGCCGGAAAUUAGAUCCGUGUUUGGAAAGUUAAUCGUAUUUUUCUGUCACUGUGCAGCAGAAGACGAUCCUUUACCUGGUUAUGAAGGUACUAACCUAUGUGAACAAGUGCUCAUUGCCGUACUAUCAUUGCUAAAAGGGGAUGUUUCGGAUUACGGCAAACAUUUACCACAAUAUUUUAAUUUAUUUAGUCUGUUUGCCGGGCUUGGAGUACACGAAAAGCAGCAAUUAAUUAGGCUUAAUGUUCCUGCCAUUUUCAUGAAAGUAGUUCUGGAUGAAGGUCCAGGUGGUCAAAUAAAGUAUCAGUAUCCGGAUCUGAGUAAACUGCAUCACGUCGUCUCGCUUUUAGUUCGCUCAUGUGAUGUAUCGAGUAGAUGCCAAAAUUCCGUCAGUGCUGCAGCCGUAAAACCAAACAUCUAUAUUGAUCCGCAGAUUACUUAUGAUACGUUAAUGCCGCUUUCACCAGAGUGCAAUGAAUAUCUCUUUAAUAGAGUAAGCUAUGUCAAACGACUGAUUGAGGACACCAAUAUUGGUGAAGAAGGUGUCAAACUUUUACAGUAUUGUAGUUGGGAGAACCCUCAUUUCUCUCGGUCACUACUUGCGGAAUUAUUAUGGCAAUGUGGAUAUGCGUAUUGGCACGAUAUGAGACAUCACACAGAACUGCUACUUCACAUACUGCUUAUUGAAGAUUCUUGGCAGAACCAUAGGAUACACAACGCUAUCCUGGGUAUCUCAGACGACAGAGAAGGAUUGCUAGAUAUAAUUCAGCAAAACAAAAUGAACUACCAAAAACGCGCUUAUCAGUGCAUAAAAUGUAUGGUCCAACUUUUCAAUCGAAGCCGGAUUGCAUUAAACAUGCUUCAUAACACGGUACAGUUGGGACGUCAGUGGGCUCUUGCUGUAGAAUGGUUGCAAGAUGAGCUCGAUCGGCACAGGGGAUCAGGCGGACAGUAUAAUUACAAUUCAUGGUCACCCCCAGCGCAGAGCAACGAUAGCACAAACAGUUUUGUUCUUGAAAGAUCUCAAUCUGCCAAAAGUGUACUACAGAUGGCUUUUGAGCUAUGUCCCGAAGAAGACCAGGAGGAUCAGAAUGAACAUGAACUGGAAGAAAAUGUCGAGGACGAUCAAGUGGUUACAUUGGCAGUAACCUCAGCCAUAAAUGACACAACGAAACAUGUUUGUAUACAGAAGCAACCGUCGUCACUAAAUGCAUCCCGUGAAGGAAAUCAAAAUUCUAGUCCCUCUUCAGUAACUAAUGUCAGUAAGCUAUUAUCUAAAGUAAACAUUCAUGCGGAUAUGGAGUGCGAUUCGACGGUGAAAGCAAACCCUCUUAAUAUGAAUUCCACCUCCAAUACUCGACCAGAGACAGUAGCCGAAAACGAAUCUAUGGUGAUAACACCCGAAAAGCAUACAUCCGAGUUUAGUAUUCUCACUAAAAACGCGUCAUCUCCAGCUUCACCAACCACUAGCACAACACCUAACAAUGCGUUAACGUGUAGUAUGGAUUUGCAGACCUAGGAUUUACUAACGCUUUCAUUAUGUUUCUAUGUCCAUAUUACGAUAAAUCACACUAUUAUACCUACGCUAAGAGAACGAAAAAACCCGAGACAAAGAGAAUGGUGUAUAAAUAAUCUUAUUUAUAUAAAUUAUUUAAAAUUCAAAACCAAAAAUAAAAACAAUGUAAUUUAAAA